CAAGCUCUGUUUUGAUUGGCUGCUAUCUCAAACAACAUUUAGUGACGUCACAAGUUUGAAAUUGGUGUGUAGGCGUUUUCUCCCCCGACAUAUUUGAUUGAAAUCUUCAAGAUGGUCCAUGUUGAAAAUCCGUUAAACGUACACUACUUCAGAAAUCUUUUGAAGAGUGAAAGAGAAGUUCUUGAAGGGCACUGUUCGCAAUGGCGAGAAAUCUGCAAAUUGCAGGAUGCUCCUCAAACUGUAGAAGGUGAUAUUUUGGUGGCCAUAGGCCAGGCUGAGUUAUUGAUGAGGGAGAGAUUUGUACAGUUUUCAGGGUUAAUUGAUGACUGUGAAUUUAAAAGAGGUGAGAAGGAAACUACUUGCCAGGACUUACAAGGAUUUUGGGAUAUUGUUUAUUUUCAGGUUGAAGACGUCAAGAAGAAGUUUUUGCAGCUGUCAGACCUCAAGACCAAUAAUUGGGAAGUCUCAAAACCAAAAACUCCAGUAGAAGUCAAGAAGAAAGCCCCAGUAGUGAAACUGCUGAAUGGACCAGCCAAACCCAAGGUAUUCAACAAAAAUGCAAGCAGUGGUAUGAGGGCACAUAUUCUUGCUGCUAGACAGAAACUCAAGGAUGCAGCUGCUCCAAAACAGGACGGCACACAAUCUGUCCCAGGAGGAAUUCAGACUACAAUUCGUAAGCCUUCAGAUGAUGAAGAUAAAGAAAACAAGACUGUAGCACCAAGUACCCCAAAAGGUGUCAAAAGCCCAGAUAAGGCUGUUUUUGAUGCUGGUUUUUUCAAAGUUGUCACACCAGUGAAGAAGUUGGCAGAAACCACCAGACAGGAUAGAUUUUUUUCUCCAGCUCAUAAGGAGAAAGUGCUUUCAUCUGCAGUAUUGCGGGAGCGCAUGCAGAAUUCCCCGAUUGUGCACAAGGAUUAUUCUCCAUGCAUGAGAAUAACAAGGUCAAUGAAAGCUAAAGGACCUGGUAGUAAACUUAGUUUUAAUUAGUAAGGCCCAUACCCUUCAGGUCCCAGAAGAGACAGUACAUUCUUCUGGGUAUGUUUAGUAUAAAAUUUUUUUCACAUUUUCAAAGUAAUUUUUAUUGAUCAACAGGUGUGGUUAGGUUUGUUUCACUUAUUUAAUGAUUGGUAAUGGAUGGAAGAUCUGUCAUAAUUUUUUGUUACUUAUUUGUCUUUGGAUCUUUAUGUUCAAUCUGGUUUCUCUUCAUAGACUCAAUGAAGAGUCAGUUUUGAAAGGUGUUCCUUUAUAAGGCUAAAAUAAAAUUAAAAUCUAAUAUUGACAGUUGAAAUUGGGUGCUUUUGAGUGCAAUCUUACAUGAUUCAAGAAUACUAUAUACGAAAGAGAGUUACAUAUUUGUGCAUGGAAUGAAAUAUUUUUUAUGGUUUAUAAAUGUAUUCUAAACCCACAUCAGUGAUCAUUAAUAUUUGCCUUACUUUGGUUUCGAGCAUUUUAUUUGAAAGAAUUAUAAAAUUUUGCCUGCGGAAUUAUGUUUGUGAAAGGCACGUUUUUGUUCCGGUCAUAUGCCAAAUAUUUCUGUAUAUAUUUUUUUGUCAAUGUAGCAGAUACUAAAAUCUGGGGCACACUACUUGUGUGUCUGAAUAUCAGAAUUGAUGAUGGCUGGUCCAUUGCAUAAAUUGCAGAUUGAGAUUGCUUUUGGUAUUGAAUAUUACAAAAUCAUUCCUUCACACAACUCAGAUCAUUUAUUGGUUUAUAGCAAAUUCACAUGAAGGUUACUCUGUGGUAUUUUCUUUAUACUUAGUAAAGAUAUAUCACUUGCCUGUGUAAUGAGCAUGUGUCUUUUGUAGGUAAGUCUUUUUCUAUUUAAUUUCACUUGGAACUUUGGGUUCUGAUACUAGACAUAAUGUAAUUAAAUAUCCAGUAUAGCAUCAGUCUCAUUUUUGGUAGCUAAUUAAAUUUAUUUGUUAUAAUAAAUGUGGCUGCUCAAAGCUACAUUUAUUAUAACAGGGGUCUAUAGCCAUGAACUUGAUCAAAUCUUAAUAACAAAGUAUUAAUUACUUGUGUUGUACCUGUCCUUUUCUAGUUACUGCUUUUAAUUGCUAUUGCAAUGAAAAUCAUGUAUUAAAUGUAAGAGAAUUUUGUACUGCCUCUUAAUUUUACAAAAAUAUCUGAAUUAUCUCAUGUGCCAUCAAGUAAGAGUACUUUAAAGGCCUUGAUAUUAAUGUAGUCUCGUCUUUAGUUGUUGUCAUGUGAGGUUAUCAAUUUUAUUCUUUAAUUCUGCCACUCGCUAAUUUUUUGCAUUUCUCAAGAAAAACAAGUCCGUAUACUCAAAGGACUAGGUAGCUAGCAGCUUUAUAUGUAUCAGUGUGUAUCAAACCAUUAACUGUGGCUGUUAAGAAACUGAAAAUACUUUACGUUAUGUUAGUGUUAUUUGGUGCAUGUCUCCAGUAUAUAGGUUCAAACUGGUAUUGAAAUGCAAUGUAACCCCUAGGUGAUUUCAUUGAUUGCUGAUUGACAGGUCAUCCAAUUUCAUUCUUUUUACAAAAGUCUUGUAAUGUCUAUGGAACCAGUUCAUUAGGCUUUUCAUUAUUAUGUGGUUUUUCAUUAGCUUAUUCUUCACAGACAGAGACUAAGAUUAAGAUUUAUGCCUUACUUUCAUUUUGGAAAGUAAAAGAAACAUUACUUACUUUGAAAGUAAGUGCAAGUUGUCCUUAUGUAUUCUGGAACUCCUUACUUUUUUGUAUCAUAAGAUAUUCAACAAGGUGGAGAAUCAUUUUAUGAUCCUGUUUUGUGAGUUCUUUUUAAGUCAAGUGCCUGUGAAAUCUGUAAGUUUUCACAUUGUACAAAGCUUUUUAGUUUUGCUUUUAAUGUCACAUUUUGGGCAUUGUACAUGAGUCUUUAGCAUGCUAAGAAAAUAAUCAAAUAUUACCUAUUUCAGAAUACUCAACAGUGACAAAAUUUUUGUUUGUUCUUGCUUCUUCCCAUGUUUUUUCUAAUAUAUUUUAAGAACAAAGAAUGUUAUAUUAGGUAGUUUUACCCUUCCAUCCAGUGAAACUACAUAAUAAUAAUCAAGCAAUUCUUGGUACUGAGAGUUUUUGACAAGAUUACCCAUGUGGGCUUACUUUUGUGUGCAUGCCUACUUGUUUUCUUAUAGUGGAGCAUUGGAGCAGCACAUUUUGAGAGUAAUCAAUGUCACCAUCACACGAUGUGAUCACAUUGAACUCCCUGUUGUCAGUGAUAAUUCUACCUUAGCACCCAUUGGAUAAAUUGGAUAACCCAAAAUGACAGCCAUGGAUAAUCUGUCCAAAUUCUGUAAAGUUCAGCAGUUCCGGUAUCUUUUAUUAUCAUCAGAUAUACAGGGUCACCCAAUUCUAGGGUGUGAUUAGCUUUACUAAACUGGUACCAUAAUUGGGGACAGAGGCGCUAUGUCAGGGGAAAGUGUUGCCUUCAGUUUUAUUGUUAUCAGUAUGUAUUUUGUUGGGAAGGUUGGGUAAAUAUAGCACAUACUGGGACCUAACGGAUCAUUUGUAAUACUAGUAGCUACCCAAUAUGCUUCUGUACCAAUCUUAGUAUCCAAUGGGGAAAACCUGUUCAUUACCUAAAAUUGUUAUUCUGUUCUUCAGCAUAAUUGCAUCACUGUUAACAGGGACUUGAUGUGUGUGUGUGUGUGUGUGUGUGUGUGUGUUUUUUAGGGUAAAGGGCAAGACCUGUUUUCUUGAAUGGUAUUUUAUGUCUUAUUAUUUUUUGCAGUCGUGUAAACAUUUCAUACUUAAGUAUUACAGUACGAGUAUUUUGACUGUGCUUCAAGGAUAUUUCAUAUUGGUUACAAUUUAAAGUAAAAGUGAUAAGUUUUGGGUUUGAGUACAAAGUAUUGUAUGCAGUUUGCAGAAAGGUUAUCAAACUGAUUCCAGAAAUAUAAAAGUUAGUCAACAUUGCCAAACGGUGAAAACUGAGUUUGGCGUAAGUGAAAGCUAUCAACUCUUACUGUAAUCCUAAUGUAGAGUUAAAGGCAUUAUCUAUGUACUAAUUUAAUUGUCUAGUCUUUUAUACUAACCCACUUCAUGUGCUGAGAAUGAUGUACAGAUAUUUAAUACGGUGUUCAUGAAUCUAAAAAUGGGUAAUGUGUCAUUUUUAGGCUUAAACAGUAUAGUAUUCUUAUGGAGUAAUGAAGUUCACUGAGUGGGAACUUGAAUAAUUUUGUUUUUCAAAGCCAAAAAAAGCUGUAAUAAGUUUAUUUUAUGAAUAUGAAUUUCAUCAGUUAAGGGUUGGAAUUAACAUUAAGAAUGUGCUUAGUGGUGAAUUUCAUUGAUUGGUUUCUUAACUAGACAGAUACAUCAUGCAUUCUGUUGAAGCAGCAUUCAAUGGUAUAUUCAGCUUUUUUAAUGUAUGCACAAUACUGAUUUAAUGACUAUUCUUCCUUUUACCUCAUAUUCUGUUAAUUCUCAUGUUUUAAUAUUGUAACACUGGACAAGAAAUGGUAUUAUAAGGUAUAUUUGUCAAUAUAACAGAGAUGCAGUAUUCUACAAAGUCAGAAAUUGGUUGCAGAGAUGAAGUACAGUGGUAAAUAUUCAGGAUAAGUAACUAUUUUGUAAGGAUAGAAGUGCAUAGUGUUAGGAUGUUGUAACCUUUGUGAUAGUGGGUGCUAUUUCACAUGUUUAUUGUGUUUAUUGAACAUGAAUGGUAAACAUAUGGUAAUAUAAAUUAUCAAAUGCUUGCUAUCUUCACAUAGUCUGGAUCAUGGCUGCCAUCCAAGUGGUGUCCCACAUCAUCUGAUAUUUGGAAUAUCAGUACCUUAUGUUGCCAUUUAAGAAAAAUUUAAAACCUUGCUGCCUUGUUGGUCUAAUAAAGCUGAAUUAUUGUGUGUAAAUAUUAGAGAUGUUUAUAAAUUGUUGUCUUGUUUUUUUGAAGCGGAACCAAACUUUGAUUAGCAGUCCUCACAGUCAUUAUUUUUUUCAGCAAACUUAUAAUUAUUACUAAUAACACAGUAGUAAUUCUUGAGAUUCAAAGAUUUGUUUGCAAACAGCUAUAAUUAGGGUAAGAAAUAUAAAGUUGAUUGUAUAAGUGGACGAGAUGUAAUGGACAGAAUGCGACUUAGCUGGAGGCUGAAGCGAUUCUUUAAAGGAUGCCAUCUUCAUCGCUCUCUGCCCUUUGGUUAUCCUCUGCUACCUCUAGCCUAUAACUAUAUCAGUUAACUUGACGUUAGGGUCUCCUCCACUUUCCCAUUUGCCUUCACUCAAGAACAAAGCCUUAGGUCAGCCAUGGUGGAGUCCAGGAAUAUUCCUGUGUGAUUUGGCAGUGGUAAAUGCUGUCUGUUGCAUGCACUGUGAGGUGCACUAUAUUUAAAUAAUUAAACUGUACAUUAGAGUCGGGGACAUCUGGUAAGACAAUGCUGUAUGAUGAAUACAAUGUACUUUAUGCAGUGCAUCAUUAUAUUAAUAUUAUUAUUUAGGGCUAAGAAUAGAAGUUAGGAUAAUGAAGGUAUGUACAGUAAUUGUAAAGAUCUAUAGUGAUGAUGAAAACAUAGUGAAAGGUUAUAUGGUAUUCAUAUAUAUUUUUUUUGGGGGGGGGCCUUUGGAAUAGAUCUGGCUUACACAUUCACUUAAUGCAUCUAAUUAAAAUUUGUAAAUGCAUGCUUGGAUUUAUAUGACAACUAUUUUUCUACAUGAGUCUGAGCAUAUUCUUUUCAUGUUUAUACUUACUCUUAAAUGAAUUUUAAUGAAUUUUGUGUAAUAAACUUUUCAAGUACCUGACUAUUGGUAAAUACAGUUUUCUUACUUUUA